ACAACCCAUAAAGAAAGGAGAGAGAGAGAGAGAGAGGAAGAAGAAAAGAGGGAGGUUUCCCCUGCAUAUUUUCUAUAGAAUUUCAAAAAGGAAGAUCUUGCAAGUUCUGAGUUUAAUAAUCCAUUCAGAUAAAAAAAGAGGAAAAAACGAUUGGUGAAUAGGUUGAGAAAAAAUGGGUGACAACUUGUUUGAAGGAUUACCACCUCCUUCUGAACAACAGCAACUAGAAGAAAAAAAAGAAGAAGAACAAGAAGGACAAGGCAGGAAUCAAAAUCUUUCGUCUUUGAAGACAAGUAGUAGCAACGACAACAAAGAAGCUUCUCCAAAUCCAGUUCUUAGAAGUGCUCUUAAGAGACCUAAGCCUACAGAAUCUUACCCUGAAGCUGCUGCACCAGAAAAACGCUUGAGAUUUAAGACAACAACAGAUGCCUCAGAGACACAAGUUAUUGAGGCAAUGCAGAAGAUUGCAUCACAUAUCAAGAACCCCACCAAGUUUGCUAAGGCUUCAAAGCUUGUGAUACAGUUGAUAAAGGCUGGAAGUGUGAAGGCUGGAACUAGUGAUCACUUUUUUGCUAUACUAGAGGCUGCAAUGUCAUCAACAACUUCUUGUACUGAUCCUUCGGUGGGAGGCGAUUAUCAUUCACUGUUUUCAGCAGCACAAGAUGCAGCUGAAUCCCUAAACAAGAAGCAGAAGAACCAAUUGACUGUAUGGAUAUUUAGGGCAGUGGUGGCAAAUGACUUAUUAACUGAUGACAGCUUUGUGUUUUCUAAAACAGCUAGUAAAUUAAAAGAUGCAAUAUCUAGUCUUCCAAUUGCAACUGAGGAUGAUGACAUCGAUGAAGCUGCUACCCUGAAAGAUGAGACUGAAAUCAGGAAUGAUGAUGAUAACAACAAAGAAGCUAUAGUUGCUCCAGCUGAAGAAAAUAAGAAAGAUGAGUCUGAUCCUUUUGGACUUGAUGCUCUGAUUCCUAGAUCUGGGAAAAAAGAUGAUAGAACAAAGGGAAAGAAAGAUGUGGCAGCCAAGAGCAGGAAGGAGGAUGAGGAGGAGACUAAGAGAUUUCUCAAGUCACAGAGAGAAGCCUUGAUUACUUGUUUAGAGAUUGCUGCUCGUCGUUAUAAAACUCCAUGGUGCCAGACAGUUAUAGACAUCUUGGUCAAGCUUGCAUUUGACAAUGUUGCAAGGUUUACAUCUCGACAAAGGGAUGCCAUUGAGAAACUAUGGGCUUCUGUUCGGGAGCAGCAAAUACGUAGGAAGCAGGGGAAAUCAGUGACUGGGAAACUUGACGUGAAUGCUUUUGAAUGGCUUCAGCAAAAGUAUUCUACUGAGAAGAUCAGCAUUCGGCAUUCUGUCGGGGCUAGUGGCGACCGUCGUUGUCAGCAGUGGCUCGGUUAACAGUUUUUCUUUAAUAUCGUCUGGAAGGGAUGGAUGAUAUUAACUUACCCCGAAAACAAAUUGCAAUUGUUGAUUGGUCAUCUGUUAAUCUGAAUGUAAUAUGCUUUAAGUGUCAAAACAUUGUAAAGGAUACAAUUCAUAUGGAUAAUUGGUUUCAGUCAA